AUGGGGACAACCUUUUGGAACUUGGGAGUGCUGAUCAUUGUCAUUGUUGCAUCAAUCCUAAUGAAACCAGUAAUUUCGGACCCACAAAUCAAUUUGCUAAACAGAGGAUGCAGUCAGUACAAUGCAACAAAUUUUAGGGACUUCCACAACAAUCGAAAUGCCACCUUUAAUGAUCUCAGGAACCAGUUAUCCCUGCAAAACAAGCACUUUGCUACGGCACAGCAGUCCAGGUCACCUGACCCCGUUUAUGCAAUGGUUCAGUGCAGAAACUACCUCUCCACAGCUGAUUGUGUUUCCUGUUUUGAUGCUGCAGUGGCCAAGGCUGUGAAAUGCAAAGAUGCAAAUGGUGGUCGUGUUGUGUAUGAUGGCUGCUUCCUCAGGUACGAGAGCAACACCUUCUAUGAUCAGAGUACACUUCCAGGAAAUGUGGAGAUAUGCAGCACUCAGACUGGAUCUCGAGAAAAUGAAUUUGGAGCACAGGCACAAGCCCUGUUGAAGGAUCUUCAACUUGCAACGCCUAGGAUUACUGGUUACUUUGCAGCAUCUAAGAGGGAAGUGAGUCCAGGUGGUAGCACGGUUUAUGGGGUGGCACAAUGUGCUGAAACAAUCAGCCAAAGUGGUUGUGAAGAUUGCUUGACUGUGGCCUUUAACAAUAUACAGGGCUGUUUACCCAAUGCAGAUGGAAGGGCUGUUGAUGUCGCCUGCUUUCUUCGGUAUUCAGAGACUUCAUUUUUCCCUGAUAACCAGACAAUCGAUAUCACGCCCUUUCUACGAGGACGAGGUUUAAGCAAGAAGAAAGUUAUUAUCAUUGGAGUGGCUGCCGCAGGUGGUGGCCUUCUUAUUAUUAUUGCACUUGCUUUGAUUCUAUGGUGUCGGUUGCACAGAAAGCCAGAGGCACCUCAAAAAGGUAACAUAUUCGGUGCAACUGAACUGCAGGGUCCUGUAACUUAUGAUUUUAAAGUUCUGAAAACUGCAACAAGAGAUUUUAGCAAGGAAUGCAAGCUUGGAGGAGGAGGUUUUGGAGAGGUUUUCAAGGGUACUCUGAAUAAUGGAAAUAUAGUUGCUGUCAAGAAGCUAAAAGCAACUGCUAGUAGACCAAAGGAAGAGGUUGAAAGUGAAAUCAGAGUUAUUGGUAAUGUUCAUCACCGAAAUCUCAUUCGCUUACUUGGAUGCUCUACCAAAGGAGCAGAGCUACUCCUUGUGUACGAAUACAUGGCAAAUGGAAGCCUGGAUAAAUUCUUAUAUGGUGAUAAAAGAGGGUAUCUUAAUUGGAAGCAACGGUCCGACAUUGUAUUUGGAACAGCUAGGUGUCUUGCCUAUCUGCAUGAACAAUACCAUUUUUCUCUCAUUCAUCGAGAUGUUAAGUCCAGCAACAUUCUACUGGAUAAUUAUUUUCAGCCAAAAAUUUCUGAUUUUGGAUUGGCAGCACUUAUGCCCGAAGAUCGGAGCCAUCUGAGUAGUUUUUCUGGUAACUUGGGCUACAUAGCACCAGAAUAUGCAAUUCAUGGACAUCUUUCUGAGAAAGUUGAUGUUUACAGCUUUGGUGUUGUCGUUCUUGAAACAAUCAGUGGCAGAAGUAGCAACUACAAAACAGUUGAGCCAGGCCGUGACAAUCUUCUUGAACAGGCAUGGAAGCAGUAUGAGAAUGACAUGCAUUUGGCAUUCGUGGAUGAGACUUUGGACCCUAACGAUUGCAAGACAGACGAUGUAAAGAAACUCCUGGAAAUUGCUUUGCUAUGCACUCAAUCACAACCUUCUCGAAGGCCCACCAUGUCUGAGGUAGUUGUCAUGCUUUCAAGCGAUCGUUCAUGGGCGCAGCAACGCCCCUUAAGGACUACAGUUAUCUGAUCAGAUGGGAGAUUUUCGGUGAAUCUACAGAAAUUGCAUCAUCAAACUCCACUGCCACAGCCUCUAUUACAUGGUUGCCAGGCCAUUUUGCUCGUAUUCAAAAUGCAGCAUUUUCACUUAUUUUCUUGUAUUUCACGCAUAUAAACAUCUGAAAUCCAAGAAAUCUCAUGAAAUGCUAGAAUUAUGUGUAC